AUGGGCAAGAGUCUAGCCAAAAAAGGAGAACAAGAGGCUAGGGAGUCUCAGCUUCAACAUGCAAUAGCAAAUGAUGAUGUUGAUGAGCUACAUGACUUAAUUGUGAAGGAGCAAGCGCUCUUAGAUCGCGUAUCUAAGCACCCUUUCCCAGAUACUCCUCUACAUCUUGCUGCCAAAGCCGGAAAAACCCAAGUGGCCAUGGAGAUAGCCAUCUUGAAGCCAUCAUUUGCUUGGAAGCUAAAUCCAGAGGUUGAUCCGAGUUCGAGGACAAUUGGGAUCACUCCUUUGCAUUAUGUCGCCAAGAAGAAGGAGACAGAUGAGCUGGAGCUCUUGGCCGAAUUCCUAUGUGCUUGUAAAUCGUCUAUCAAAGACUUGACGAGCCAAUGCGAGACCGCGGUUCACAUUGCCAUCAAGAACCACAACCUCAAAGCAUUCAAGGUUUUGUUUAGAUGGCUUAAGCGGGUCCAUCUAAUGGAUAUCUUAGCCCAGGAAGACCAAGAUGGUAACACCGUCUAUGAUAUUGCUUCAACCAUGGAGCCGCAACCUGAGGAGUUGAAAAUACGUGAUGUUAGAAACAUUCAAAGAGAGGAGAUGAAUGGGAUCACCUAA